AGCGGCCCCUUGGCGUAGUCCGUGGCUCUGAUUCUCGCCGCGGCUGCGGUGGCCGCUACCUGGCCCCCCGGCCACAACCGGUCAGUGCCGCCUCGGGGCGCGGCCCGAAGCGGAAAUGCCGCCGUCACCCGGCCAGGGCCUCUUCGGGGUCAGCCUGGUCCUGGCCUCCGUCUGCGCGGCCUUCGAGUCUGCGGCACUGGGGAGCUCGGCCACAGACGCUCUGAACGUCCUUUUCAUUGUCGUGGACGACCUACGCACCACCCUGGGCUGUUAUGAGGACAAGCUCGUGAGGUCCCCAAACAUUGAUCAGCUGGCAUCCCGCAGCCUCCUUUUCCAGAAUGCUUUUGCCCAGCAAGCAGUGUGCGCCCCGAGUCGCGUGUCCUUCCUGACUGGAAGGAGGCCCGACACCACCCGCCUCUAUGACUUCAACUCCUACUGGAGAGUGCACGCUGGAAACUUCUCCACUAUCCCCCAGUACUUCAAGGAGAAUGGCUAUGUGACCAUGUCAGUUGGAAAAGUCUUUCACCCUGGAAUAUCUUCCAACCACAGUGACGAUUCUCCAUAUAGCUGGUCCAUUCCACCUUACCAUCCCUCUUCCGAGAAGUACGAAAACACCAAGACCUGUAGGGGGCAAGACGGAGAACUCCAUGCCAACCUGCUUUGUCCCGUGGAUUUGGUGGAUGUGCCUGAGGGCACCUUGCCUGACAAGCAGAGCACCGAGCAAGCUAUCCAUUUGUUGGAAAAGAUGAAAACGUCGGCCAGGCCUUUCUUCCUGGCUGUUGGGUACCAUAAGCCACACAUCCCCUUCAGAUACCCCAAGGAGUUUCAGAAGCUGUAUCCCUUGGAGAACAUCACCCUGGCUCCCGACCCCCACGUGUCUGCCGGACUCCCCCCUGUGGCCUACAACCCCUGGAUGGACAUCAGGCAGCGGGAGGAUGUGCAAGCCUUGAAUGUCAGUGUGCCCUAUGGCCCCAUUCCUGCGGAUUUUCAGCGGAAAAUCCGCCAGAGCUACUUUGCCUCGGUCUCGUAUUUGGAUACACAGGUCGGCCACCUUCUGAGUGCUUUGGAUGAUCUUCAGCUGGCCAACAGCACCAUCGUUGCAUUCACCUCCGAUCACGGCUGGUCUCUUGGUGAGCAUGGAGAAUGGGCCAAAUACAGCAACUUUGACGUCGCUACUCGCGUGCCCCUGAUGUUCUAUGUUCCUGGAAGAACGGCUUUGCUUCCAAAGGCAGGCGAAAAGCUUUUUCCUUACAUCGACCCUUUUGAUUCCAUCUCAGAAUUCAAGGAGCCAGGCGGGCAAGCCGUGGAAAUCGUGGAACUUGUGUCUCUCUUCCCCACACUCGCUGGACUGGCGGGACUGCAAGUUCCACCCUGCUGUCCCGUUCCCUCCUUUCACGUUGAGCUGUGCAGAGAAGGCCAGAACCUUCUGAAGCAUUUUCAGUUCCAUGACUUGGAGGAGGAUUUGGACCUCCAUGGUAAUCCCCGUGAGUCCAUUGCUUACAGCCAGUACCCUCGGCCUGCAGACUCCCCUCAGUGGAAUUCUGACAAACCAAGUUUAAAAGAUAUAAAGAUCAUGGGCUAUUCUAUCCGUACGAUAGACUAUAGGUAUACUGUAUGGGUUGGCUUCAACCCUGAAGAAUUUCUGGCUAACUUUUCAGACAUCCAUGCAGGGGAGCUCUAUUUUGUAGAUUCUGACCCGUUACAGGAUCAUAAUGUCUAUAAUGACUCCCAGGGUGGAGAACUCCCCCUAUCAUGGAUGCCUUGAAUUUUGCUGACCACAGAGCACAGGCGUUAUGUGCUAGUGAGACAUGGCAUUAGAACUGGUAAUUUCGUGAUCACUUCUAAUAUUGGAAACAACCCAAGGGGUGGACAAUCAAAACAUGUACCAACCAUUUGGCCUAAGAAUUUGUUAAACAGCUAAACCUUUCAAUUUAAUCUUCAUUAAUUUAAAAUUGAACGAAUAAGUGCUAAGUGAACAAACUUAAAAUUAUGCCAUACCUUUAGAUACCAUUGAAACAUGAGGUAAUUUUCAGUAGCCCAGGAUGUAGUUCUUUUUUCCCUAAAGAGAAAAAAUAAUCAGAAAGGCAGGUGGUAGUAACGAGCUUAGUCUUUCAUCAUCUACAAAAGGGAUGGAAUACUUACAGCUAAGAUUUACAAAUGUGUUGCAGCUGAUGAGGAAACGGAAUUACCCACCUUCUUAAAUAAACAGCUAAUGUAGUCCUGUACUGAAAUCGGAAUCAUUUUUAGUAAUCCUUUUCUUUGCAAAUGCUUCAGUGUUUCAGAGUAAAAGGUUUGUGAAACAAAAUACAGUGAAUUAUAUUGUUACUGUAGUGUAGUAAAUUGUAACCAAAAGGGCAAGAUAGUAUAUUAAAAGAUGGCUUCAAAUCAGUAAAAUUUCAAAGACAGAUAUUGUUCCCGUUUUGUUCACUAGCUAGCCCACUGUCAAGGCAUAUAUGGUAACACAAGGUCCUCUGAGCAGUUACGCGUCUGGCAGCAGCCUUUUCUACUUGAGUGAAGGGGCUGAUUGCUCUCUUCUGGUCCUGAAGAAGCUCACCUCUCUUCUGGAAGCCUUGGCUUUCAUAGACAGGCUCCCUCUGCUGCCUCUUUCUCGUUCUACAUUCCUGUUAGUGCUCUCAUCACUUCCACUUUGAUUUUUUCAGUUCAGUCUGUAAAUUCCUCACACUGUAUUUUCAGUGUAUUUAGCUUUAUCUCUUCCUAUGCAGCUGUUUCUUGCUCCUGGUUGACUACAAUAUGUAUACUUCAUCCUUUUUCUGUCACUUGAUUUAUGGGAACAUAAAUUUUUUUUUUUUUUUUUAGUAUCAGAACCCUCCAAAUUUCUCUCUUGAUGAAGUUGUAAGCUGAGUUGUGCCGGGAGAGAGUACAGGGACGCCUUCCUCCAGCUGCAUCUUCUUGUUCACUGUGUGACCAAAGCCACCCACAGGGUCCACAUGGGGCCUCUUGCAUGGCCAUCUGUCUCUACUGGAAGUGCUAUAUGAUGGUGUGGCCCCAGAAUGCUUCGGUUCUCCAUAGGCUUUCCUUUCUUUGGCCUGCCUUUCCAGAUCUCUCCUUUUAGAUGUGAAGGCAGCAUUUCCCAUUCUUCUAAACCGUCUUCUGACUUGUGGUUGCUUUUUGUGGUCUUGACGGGGAACCCAAGUUAGAGCUGCUUUUUGUUUCCUUUUGCCUGUCUCUGACAUACAUGGGGAUGAGCGGCCACUUUCUGACAUCAGAUAUCAAGGCUACCACAGUCCUUAUCUCUGUUGCUUCAUGUAACCUUUCUUCAGGUCUGCUGAGCUGAAUGUAUUUUAUUAACGGCUCUCUAGUCACGAGUCAGAAUUGACUCACUGGCAGUUGGUUUGGUCUUUGGUUUUAGUCACUUUAUUUGUAGAAAUCACCAUUUCAUUUGAGCAGGAGUUUGUUUAUUCAGUUUAGUUGAAACCAGAGUGAUCCCAGAAAUUCUGAGUGGGCCUAGGUCAGUGGCUCACAAACAUGAGCACGCAUCAGAACCACCUGGAGGGCUUGUUAGAAUGCAGUACACUGGGCCUGCCCACAGGAGUUCUGAUUCAGUGGAUCUAGGGUGGGGCCUGAGAAUUUGCAUUUCUUAAAAACUCCAGGGUGAUGAUGCUGAUCCAAGGACCACACUUUGAGAAUCACUGCCCUAGGUCUCUGCUCUCUGAUACGGGAGCCACUAGGCACAUGCGGCUCUUUACAUUAAGAAGAAUUUUUCUUCCCACUGGCCUCCUUCCCCCAGCUCCUGGUAACCACUGAAUCUCUUUUGUCUUGAUGGAUUUGCCUGUUCCAGAUAUCUCAUAUAAGUGAGUUCAUAUACUGUUCGUCCUUUUGUGUCUGCCUUCUUUCACUCAGCUUAUGUUUUCAGGGUUCACCCACGUUGUGGCCUGUAUCAGAACUUCAUCUCUUUAUGGCAGUACCACAUCGCGUUUAGCCAUUCGCCUGUUGAUGAGCUCUUUCCACCUUUUGCCUAUUGUGAAUAACGAUGCUGUUAACAUUGGUGUACACUUAUCUGUUUCAGCCUCUGCUUUCAGUUCUUCUGGGUAUAUACCUAGGAGUGGAAUUGCUGGGUCAUAUGGUAAUUCUAUGUUUCACUUUUCUAGGAACCGCCACACUGUUUUCCACAGCACCUGUACCAUUUUACAUCCCCUCCAGCAGUGGAUGAGGGUUCCGAUUUCUCCACAUCCUCGCCAACCCUGGUUAUUUUCUGUUUUUUCGCUAACAGCUAUCCUGUUGGGUGUGAAGUGGUAUUUUGUUGUGGUUUUGAUCCACAUUUCCCUGAUAACUAAUGAUGUUGAAUUUCUUUUCAUAUGCUUUUUGGCUAUUUAUUUGUAUAUCUUCUUUUGAGAAAUGUCUAUUCAAGUCAUUUGCCCAUUUUGAAAUUGGGCUGUUUGGUUUUUUUGUUCCUGAAUUUUGUACCCUUCUGUGAUAAUAUGGUUUCCAAAUAUUUUCUCCCUGUUCUAUAGGUUGCCUUUUCACUUUUCUUCAUAAUGUCCUUGAUGCACAAAAGCUUUAAUUUUGAUGAAGUCCAGUUUAUCUAAUUUUUUCUUCAUCACGUUUGCUUUUGGUGUCGUAUUUCAAAAACCAUUACCUAACACCGUGUCACUACGGUUUACUCCUAUGUUUUCUUCUAUUUAUGAUUUUUAGUUCUUAUAUUUACGUCACUGAUCCAUUUUGAGUUAAUUUUCAUACGUGGUGUGAGGUACGGGUCCAGCUUCAUUCUUUUGCAUGUGCACAGCACAGAUGUAGAAUGUUUCUGUCACGGCAGAAAGCUCUAUUGAACAGAGUUGCCCUAGAUUAUCGCUGAUUUUGAGCUGGAUCCACCUGGCUAUUGCCAUGUUCCUUCUUGAGCUGUUUCUCUACCCUGUGUUUGCCCCAGAGGCUUGUCUGGAGAUGAGUGAAGUAUGCUUGGUUUAAGUGUGGAGUAGGGAGUGUCACUAUGGCAAUUGGCCUCUUCCUGUUCACUGCCAUUGCCAUUGCCAUUGCCAUCACCCCAGCCCUCUUCCCUCCUUUCCAAGUAGUUUACCUCCCCUCUUCUUCCCUCCCUUGUUCCCAAAGGAAUCCAUGUGUCUUCCUAGAAUCCCUCUUUAAUUUUUCCUUUGAGAACACCGUCAGUGCCUACUACUGGGUCUAGACGACCUCCUCAGAGCAGUCCGAGUCUUCCCUUUAUCCCACGAUGCCCCUUUCCUUGGAGACCAGCUCACCACUGGUCCCUACCUACCCUUGCAAAUUCCUCCCUCCCCCAGCUCCUAGGUGACCCGCCCCCCUCCUCUUUUCACCAGUUCAUUCAUAACCAUUUUCAUAACUCAGCUCCUGCCCCCCCACCAUCCCCAAGAGGCUGAGGUUUUUGUGACUCUCUAUCUAGACUGUACCUGGAAUGAAAUGAGCGUUGUGAAAGAAUCUGUGUUCAUCUUACUUGAAAAAGGGUGUUUUUUUUCCUGCUUAUAAAAUUGAUGUGUUACUUAUGGAAAAUUUGGAAAACACAAAAGUAGUAAAGGGUAAAAAAAAAAUGUUUUAACCCUGAGAUAAUCGCCUUUUUUUUCUUUUUUGGUGUGAAUUUUUAUAUUGUGAUGAUACUGUGUUCUCUGUCAUGCAAUUUCAUAUCCUUAUUUUUUUUCCACUAUCACUUAGGUACUAUCUGUGGCUAUAGAUUUUUGCAGAGAUACUUUAUUUUAUUGUGUAGUUUUACCAUAAUUUACUUUAUCUCCUAAUUAUUGGAAAUUUAAGUUAUUGCCAACUUUUCAGUGUUGUAAAUGAUGCUGUGAGGGACAACUUUGGGGAUAAAAUGUUUUUGUGUAUUUCAAGUUCUUUCCUUAGGAUAUAGUCUUAGUGCCCACUGGGCUCCUAUCCCUACAUGCUUGCUUACUGAGGAGAGUCAAACUGAAAAAUCAAGCAACUAAGUAUAGAAAUAAAGGCAUAAAACAAACACAAACAAACAAACCCUACCAUAAUAGGUGAAAGUGGUGGCCUGUUUUACUUUCUAAAUCGUACUUAGUAGUGACCUUGAUCAUUGUUCUCUCCCUGUGAUUGUUGGGCGUUUGGAUUUCCAGCUGUGUGCAUCUGCCUUUUAGGUGUGAUUAUGGGUUUCACUUUUUUAAAGUAAUCAAAUGAAUUGAUCUUUUCCUCUGUGACUUUUCUUCCUGUUAAACAUGGAACCCUCCCCACCCCUGCCAAUCUGGAGAUUGAAUAAAUAAAUCAUUUUGCUUUGCCUUU